AUGUGCAAUGCUCUCUACAACGCACGCUCUGAGGCUGAAAGAGCACAGGCGCACCAGACGCUCCUACCGUUGGUGCAGAAUCCACAGCUGCAGCCUCAAGCGUCCGCAUGCUUUGAUCUUCGCGGCAACAGGCUUGAUGAAGGUGUGGCUGAUACCGAGCUUGCAGCACCACAUCAACGCACAAUCCCUCGCCAGCUCAUCACGUCGCACUGGACGUCCGUGUCCGACCACCAGAAGGAAGAGAUGAGUCAAAACUAUCAGCAGAUGAGCGAUUUGCAGAAUCACACGGCAGCGGGGGCGGAUUCGACUGCAUUUCCCAUGAAAGGCCCCGACCUUUAUCGGAGCGCGCCCAUGGGCGUGUCGCCUGUGGUGAGGCCGCAGCAUCAGAUGGUCACGGCGAAGGUCGACCAGUUUUUGCAGUCCUCUCCUCUGCCAGCUCCCAAGACCAGGGUGGCGGCUUUGACACCUUUGCUGCUCCUGUUUUGUUCACCGACAGUGGCAGAGAAUUCAGAGGAGGCCUACUUUGAUGCACUUGCCAUCCACCUCGGCAAGAAUGCGUCCCUGGCACCAUCCACGCCUUCAAUGCGUGGAACACGUCGAGGCCACUGCACGGAAUCGAACCUCUACAACUGCAUGGGCAACACGAAUUGCUGUGACCCAGCAGCUAAAUGCUUCGCAAAAGAUGCGAAAGUGGCAGUUUGCAAGACGCAGUGCACUCCAGGAAUCCACCUAGACGAUCCCGCACAGUGGCAGACUCCGUGGUCCUGCGACAUCGUCGGUUCUGGCCGGAGUAGCACUGCGGUCUCAGGCCAAAGCGAAAGCGAAGGCCGAUGCUCCACAAGCUACAGAGGCAACUGCCUAAACAAUCCGAAUUGUUGCGAUGGAUCCUUCACCUGCUUUGAGAGGGAUUCGGACUAUGGUGCUUGUCUUCCCCGUUGCCGCGCCGGGAUUCACUGGCAAGACCCUCCACAGUACAGGUUUCCAUGGUCCUGCAGGGCAGUGUAUCCUGGAAAUCCGAGUCCUCCCCCUCCGCCGCCAAGUCCGAGUCCAGGAGGAGGGCAAUGCUCGGCCUCUUGGUCGGUGAAUUGCAAGUGGAAGCCGGUCUGUUGCGAAUCGGGCUUCCAAUGCUACGAGAAGAACAGUGGCUACGGAGCCUGUCUGCCGUAUUGCAACCCUGGCAUCCAUGCAUCGGAGCCCGUGCAGUGGCGAACUCCAUGGACCUGCAGACUUCUUUCACCCGGCGGUUCCCCGGCACCACCGCCCCCGCCCCCUCCGACCCCUCCUCCGACCCCUCCUCCCCCGCCCCCGACUCCGCCGCCAGCGACGUGUACAGGCUCCUUCGUUCAGAACUGUGUGAGCAAUCCCACCUGCUGUGAUGAAUCCUUCACGUGCUACGAGAAGGGCAACGGCUAUGGAGCCUGCCUUCCCUCUUGCCAGCCAGGCAUACACUGGGCAGAACCUCCCCAGUACCGCACCCCAUGGUCGUGCCGAGUUCUGGGAGGUUCUCCAGCACCUCCCCCUCCUCCCCCUCCGACUCCUCCUCCGACUCCUCCAACUCCUCCCCCACCCCCUCCACAGCAGUGCUCGGCCAGCUACUCGGACAACUGCUUGAGGAAGCCGACGUGCUGUAACCCAGCCAUGACUUGCUUCAUGAAGGAUUCAGACUAUGGGCAGUGCUUGCCCUUCUGCAUUCCCGGCAUCCACUGGAACGAUCCACCGAGGUAUCAGACCCCUUGGGCCUGCACACCCGUAGGCGGUUCAGGGCCAUCACCAGCACCUCCACCUCCAACCACAACGGCGCCACCCGCACCGCCGCCACCACCCACGCCACCACCUUCGCCCUCACCAUCCCCACCAACGCCAUCUCCGACUCCGGCACCAGGCGAUCCUUUGGAGAUUCCCUUUGCUGAGCAGUCGCUACACAGUCCCAGCGGUGCCGACCUCCUUACCUUUCAUAUGUACCGAGCCCAGGGGCACAGCAGCUACCCGCCACUCAACGUGAACACCGGGAACCUGGCGGGGAUCAUGUGGUACAUUCAGAACGAAGUGGUCUCUGGCGCCUACGGCUCUGGCAACAAGUUCGGCAUCGAGAGGAUCCGCCGCUUCAAGGUGUCCAUGAAGGCGACGCAGCCUUUGAUCAAUGCUGGCAUGAACUUUGGUGUGCGUGUGGCGUUCGACUUCGGAAACUGUACCGGGCCAUCCUGUAUUUACGAUUGGAAGCACUAUGGCUACAACAUUGGAUGUAACAACCUUGGUUCUUUUCCUUUUCCGAAGUACGAGACCUACUACCCUGGAGGAGUUUGGUACAGCCUGCCAGGGCCCUGCCCACAAAUGCCAUACUACAGUCAAACUCCGCGGUGCGAACAGCUCCAGCCGGGCGGCAAGUGUGGCAGCCCAACGGGAUCUGGAGACUGCACCUGGAGCUACCAGGAUGAAGGUGAGCAGAUCUGGCUUGGAGACGUUUACGGGGCCAGCAACAUGAGCAUGCAACAGUUUUGGAACAACAGCAACUCUACAACCGCCAACGAGUUCAAGAUCAAGAUUGUCCGGGACCUCUUUGAGAAGAAGUAUGGUGCUGAGCUGCCGAACCCGCCUUGCGAUUUCAACUUCCAGGAGUUCUAUCAAGGACAGGAUCCCUCCACGCUGUUGCAUUGGGUACUAGGUCUGGAGAUCUACACAGACUUGACGACCGAUAUGCAGCCCACCAUAGGACCUUCUAUGAGCAGGCAUCGUAGGACGGCUUUGAGCUUCCGGGACACGGCCCUGCCACCGAUCUUCACCAUUGCCAUCCAGACGCUGCAGCAGCUGAGCACUGGUGCCAUCAAUGUCCCGGACAAGAACGACGAGCGCCGGCUUAGCAAGCAGGUCCUCAACCUUUCCUGCAACUGCCUAUCCUUCGACUUCAUGGGAACCAUCCCGGAUGACACCUCCGACGAGCAGGGAACUGUCAUGGUGCCACACAGUUGGAGCAUGCUGCGGGAUGAUGGUAUUCCAAAGCUGUUCUUCGACAUGUACUCCAG